UAUCUCUCUCGCUGUUCAUUCCCAAUUCACAGUACUUCACAGUUCCUGCUUCUCACUUCAUCCUUCCUCGAGAAGCUUUGUUUCUGCAACUGUUAAUCAGAGAUCCAGAUUACAAUCUUCGCUUAGGGUUCAUCUCUCAUCUCUAUCUCUGACCCUAACAUCUAAUAUGGCGAAUAUGUUUCUUGGCGUCCGUUUCGUCCUUAUGGGAUUUGAUCCCCUUCUCGAAGCGGAGAUUCGAUCUAAGCUUGUUGAUGGAGGUGGAGUUGAUGUCGGGUACGGUCCCAGUUGUACUCACGUAAUCGUAGAUAGUAUUGUUAAUGAUGAUUCUGUUUGUGUUGCUGCUCGCAACGAUGGCAAAACACUUGUUACUGGCUUAUGGGUUGAGCAUAGUUUUGAUAUCGGAAUGCCUGCGGAUGCAAGUUCGAUUUUGUACAGGCCUGUAAAAGAUUUAAAUGGAAUCCCAGGUGCCAAAUCUCUAUAUGUUUGCUUGACAGGAUACCAAAGCCAAGAUCGAGAAGAUAUUAUGAAAAUGGUAGGCAUGAUGGGCGCACAGUUCUCCAAGCCACUGGUUGCAAAUAAAGUUACCCAUCUUAUAUGUUACAAAUUUGAAGGAGAGAAGUAUGAGCUUGCAAAGAAAAUGAAGAAGAUAAAAUUUGUCAAUCAUCGGUGGUUGGAAGAGUGUUUAAGAGCAUGGAAAAUUGUCCCGGAAGGUAAAUAUGCCAAGAGUGGUUAUGAGUUAGAGAUCAUGGAAGCUGAAGCUAAGGAUUCUGAAGAAGAAACUGGGGAGGAUUAUAGUAAUAAGCAAUGCGAGGGUAUGGAUGUCACAGGGAGCCCCUUUGGCUUAACAAGUGGAACUGCGAUAGACUCCAAAUCGCCCAUGCCCACAGGGGAAGUGUUAGAGAUCUGUCAGACAAUUGUCUUGCCUAAAGGUUUGUCAAAUAGUGCCGAAAAUGUUAUUGCUAACAAUAGGCUAUUAACUACUCCUGAAAAAGAAACCAGAUCUGGUGAAGCCCCAUACUUCCACGAUGUAAAUAGAAGGGGCCAUGGGGACUUCAGCUGUCAUGGUAAUGGAACUCCUUUUGGGGAUGCUAUUGGUGGUGGGACAUCCAUUCCAUUUGACACUGUAUCCAACUUCACUAAGGAAUGUAAUGAAUCAACAUCUAAUUCAAGAACUGCACGAUCCCUUCAUUCUGAUGCAGCAAAGAUAAUUACAGUUAGUUACUCCAGGAGAACCCCAAGGAGGUCCUCAGUUUCUACUUCUGCAGAACCUUCAGGUCCUUCACAUGAAUUUUCGCAAGGAGGUUUAGAAGGAAAGAAGAUCAAUCUUGGGAUUGGCACUUAUUCCUCAACAGUAGAAGAAGCCAAGGAUAAUAUUGAUUUGGAUUGCGGAGCUUUAUAUCAUCAGGGACCAAAAACUGGUACAUUACCUCAGAAGAAAGAGCGGGCUGUUACUAGUAAUGGCAUCAGAUCACCAAAUGAAGGAAGUCAUGAUCCAAAAGUCUGUACUUCUGUAAGUCCAUCAGGAGGUACUCUUGAAGGUUUGAAGUUUGAACCAAUGAUGAUUGGUAGACCCCCAACAAGAACUGAUCCUACACCUAAUGCUGAUAAACAUGAUCCAAAUGCCAUUGCUUGUGUGAAUUUUGUUGAGAAUCAGCGAAAUGGUCCACCAACGAUGAACUCCUUAAGUUCUGAUCGGAAAUCAUUGAAAUGUGGAUUGCCUGUUUUGGAAACUUUUACUUCCGAUAGUACUGAAUCUCCUAGUAUGAGGAUUGCUGGCCUUCCUCAGGAGAAGACAUUUGAAAUAUCAAUGGGGGCUUUAAAAAGUUUUGACUUUGCUAGUGAUCCCAAUAUAGGGGAUGUCAAAAUCGGCAGAGCAGCUGACCUUCCCGCUGAGAGAGAAACAGAGCCUCAGGUGCAGCCCCAGGAUGUCAAGGUUUCAUCUCCCAACAUCAAAACCACAGUAAGUGAGGAGUCCAAAAAUCCUAUUAGUUUGGGCAUAUGUAAGGGAGUGAACGAUAGAUUGGUUACCAAGAAUAUGGUUGGCCAAAAAGGUUUGGGCUCUAGGCUUAGGCCAAGUACUGCCAAGAGUAAUAAGCUGAAGUGUUCCUUUAGCUUUGAUAAAACUGCAACUCUAAAUGGAGCUGCUUUCUGUCCAAUGAUGGGUGUAGAUGGAGCAGAAGAUGAGCAAAAAGUUGCUGAGAAACACGAAAUUUCUUGGCCAACUUCUGCUGCAGAUGUAAUCAUGGGGGAAGAGAUAAAGGGGGAGAAGACUGCAAAUCUCAAUGAUGAGACUGAAUCACAAGAGGACAAAGAUGGUGAUGAGCUUGAGAAGCCACUCACUGAAAAAUCUGAGAUGGCUAAGCCAACCUCUUAUGCUGAUUCAUCAACCUUGGAUGCUGAUGCAGUGCCUGUAGAAGAAGGCAAGGGUGAAGAUGAGUAUUCAAAGUCUUUAAGUGUAAAGAAGACUGAUAUGUUUGAGUCAAGGAAAGCAGUAUCUACUGCGGUGGCUGGAAUCAAGACAUACCAGAAAGGAAAAAAGGGGAAUGAGCUAAGACAAGGAAAAGUUGGAGCUGAGCUUGAUAAGGCAAUUGACAACAAGAAGACUGGGAUACAUGAAUCAACUUUAAAAGAAGAGAUGGUUAAGGAGGAAAAACAUUCAUCAAAGAAAAUCAAGGGAAACACACUAUCCUCUGGGUAUGAGAUAGAGAUAUCUGACAAAGGCAAAGACAAAGAAGAAUUAGAGGAAGGACAAGAGGAAUCUGAGCUCAAGAAGUCAUUUACUGGGGAGAUGACCGAAGCGGGGAAAUCAACCUUUCAAGCAGAUGCGGUAAAGAAAGACAUAUCUAAAAGGAAAAGGCAUCCUUCAAGUAAAACCAACAGAAAGGCCAUCUCUACUGCAAAUGAGAUUGAGAUGUCUGAUGAAGGUGAAAGCAGAGAAGAGGCACAGAAGAACAUUGGUGUUCAGAAGAAAGAGGUGUCAAAGGCAUAUCCUACAGGUAAGACUCUGGCUGCAAGUAAGAGGAAGAAGCCUGUGGAUGCCGAAAAGGAGAACAAGCCAAUAACAGAUGAUGUCCCAAAUGUAAAUAUGUCCAAACAUGGGAGGACCAGUGAAGCCCUGAUUAGAAGUAAUAAAAUGGUUGGUGAAACUGAUCUAAACACAUUUCAAGCUGGUGGAAGUUGUAAUAUUGUAAAUCAUGAACCAGUGUGGUUUAUUCUGAGUGGACAUCAUUUACAGAGGAAAGAGUUCCAGCAGGUUAUAAGGCGUUUGAAGGGAAGACUUAUCAAAGAUUCUCACCACUGGUCAUACCAGGCUACACACUUCAUUGUCCCGGAACCAGUUCGACGAACAGAAAAGUUUUUUGCUGCUGCAGCAUCUGGGAGGUGGAUUCUCAAGACUGAUUACUUAACUGAUAGUAAUCAGGCAGGGAAGUUCUUGCCAGAAGAACCUUAUGAAUGGUACCGGAGUGGCCUUAGUGAAGAUGGCACAAUCAAUUUAGUGGCCCCAAGGAAGUGGCGCCUCUUAAGGAAAAGGACUGGACAUGGAGCUUUGUAUGGACUGCGUGUUAUCAUAUAUGGAGAAUGCACUGCACCACCUCUGGAUACCCUGAAACGUGUCUUGAAGGCUGGAGAUGGCACUAUUCUAGCAACAUCCCCUCCAUACACCCGUUUCCUCAAAUCUGGAGUUGAUUUUGCCAUUGUUAGUCCUGGCAUACCACGCGUUGAUUCAUGGGUCCAAGAGUUCUUAAGACAUGAAAUCCCUUGUGUUUUGGCUGAUUACUUGGUAGAGUAUGUGUGCAAGCCGGGAUAUUCCCUCGAGAGGCAUGUGCUUUACAAUACUCAUGCUUGGUCAGAGAAAUCAUUUGCAAAUCUGUUAGCCCGGUCAGAGGAAAACAUUAAGGCCUUUGACGGGGAGGUGAUGAUGAAUUGUAGUGAUAAAGCUGGUUCCGAGGGGUGCGGAAGAUAUGCUAUUGCUGUGAUCCCCUCCUUUGAAGAUAUCCCGGUGGAAAACUGGUUGUGUUCAAAGUGUAGUGAAGAUGACGGUACCAGAAUUCCAAAGGGUACCAAGAGAAGGCCCUCUUUAUCAAGGAUUUAAUUAAGACUUUCCCCCCCAUAUGUGCAUCUUGCUGCCCAUCGGGUUGUGAUAAAGUCAAGAGGAUAAAAUCUAGUUUGUUUCACACCUCUAAUGUAUAGUAUUUUUAACAUUUCAACAAGAUAUUAUCAGGUUGAUCUCGCCCAGAAGAUGACAGCAGUAGUUUUCUUAAAUUUAUUGAUGCCUAUUUGUGCGGGUUAAGAAUCCAUGUAACACACCAAUCACACAGUUAAAGCAGAAUGGAACUGAUGCAGCUUCUGUUCUCUCUCC